GUUUUAUUUUCCCGUCGCACACCAACCGAAACGGUUGUAUUCGCGAAAAGCUGCCGGAGCUGCAGCGCAGUUCUCUUUUCGUCCACGCGAGUUGGUAGUUUUGUGUUGGCCUGAACUGAAAUUUUCCGCGUUUUCGGAUUCAUUUAGGUGCUGGAAAAACCGUACGAUUCCUGUUGAUUGUCUUUCGUGCUGGAUGAGAACACCGGAAGCGCCCCGCAAUGUCUAACAUCGUGCUAGAUAAGGAUUGUUUCUAUCGGCGGAUAAAGCGCCUAUAUGCGAAUUGGAAGGAACCGGAUUUUAGCCACGACGAUUCCCUUACGAAAGUGGACUGCAUCCUUACGGCGGUAGGUGUAGAUGAGGAAACGAUCUACAGCAAAUCCACCUCGCUGCAAACCUGGCUGCUCGGGUACGAGCUCACCGAUACCAUCACUCUGUUGUGCGAGAAAUCCAUCUACUUUCUUACCAGCAAGAAAAAAAUCGACUUCUUGAAGCAAAUCGAGAAGGAAGGCGAGGAUGGGGUGCCCACGAUUAAGUUGCUAGUUCGGGACAAGAACGACAAGGACAAGGCCAACUUCGAGAAGCUGCUGGAGGCAAUCAAGGGGUCUAAGGAGGGCAAAACGUUGGGCGUGUUCACCAAGGACAACUUCCCGGGCGAGUUUUGCGAAUCGUGGCGCGCCUUCCUGAAGGACAAAUCCUUCGAAACGGUCGACAUUUCCGUCCCGAUCGGGUACAUCAUGUGCCCGAAGGAGGAGUCCGAGGUGAUUACCAUCAAGAAGGCCUGUCUGGUGACAGUGGACGUCUUCAACAAGUAUCUAAAGGAUCACAUUAUGGAGGUGAUCGAUGCCGAUAAGAAAGUGAAACACGCUAAACUGUCGGAAGGUGUCGAGCAAGCUCUCACCGAUAAGAAGUACGUGUCCGGUGUGGAUGUGAAUCAACUGGACAUGUGCUACCCUGCCAUCAUCCAAUCCGGUGGAAAUUACAGCUUGAAAUUUAGUGCGUUCAGUGACAAAAAUUACUUGCACUUUGGAUCAAUUAUUUGUGCCCUCGGUGCUCGGUACAAGUCUUACUGUUCGAAUGUGGUCCGAACCUUAUUGGUGAAUCCUACGGAAACGAUGCAGAAGCAUUAUAAUUUCCUGCUGAACUUGGAGGAAGAGCUUUUGAAGGUGAUGGUUCCGGGCAAAAAGCUGUCGGAGGUUUACGAUGCUGGUUUCAGUUAUGCCAAAAAGGAAGAACCUAGCUUGGUGGAUAAGCUAACCAAAACGUUCGGCUUUGCCAUGGGAUUGGAGUUCCGAGAAAAUGCAGUGAUUGUGGGACCCAAAUGUACGGCUGUGCUGAAAAAAGGGAUGGUUUUUAGCAUCAACGUGGGACUUUCUGGUAUGGAGAACAAAGAAGCAUCGGAUAAGGAAUCCAAAGUUUACGCGUUGUUUGUCGGAGAUACGGUGCUGGUUAACAGCGAACCUCCAGCCAGUGUGCUGACCCAAUCGAAGAAGAAAAUCAAGAACAUUGGUAUUUUCCUGAAGGACGAUGACGAAGACGAGGAAGAGGAGGAAAAACCUGCGAAGGGACCUGAGCUUUUGGGCCGCAGUGGAAAACGCUCGGCCGUCAUGGAUAGCAAACUACGAAACGAAGCCAAUUCAGAAGAAAAGCGUAAACAACAUCAGAAGGAGCUCGCGAUCGCUCUGAACGAAAAAGCAAAGGAGCGUCUAGCGAAAACUGGCAGCGGUAAAGAAGCCGAAAAGGUUCGCAAGUCUACCGUUUCUUACAAAGGUGUGAAUCAAAUGCCCAGGGAACCGGAAGUAAAAGAGCUCAAAUUAUUUGUCGAUCGUAAAUAUGAAACCGUUAUUAUGCCAAUCUUUGGAUGCCCGGUGCCGUUUCACAUCUCAACCAUCAAAAACAUUUCUCAGUCGGUCGAAGGAGAUUACACAUACUUGCGUAUCAACUUUUUCCAUCCGGGAGCAACAAUGGGUCGCAAUGAGGGUGGAAUGUAUCCCAAUCCGGAUGCUACCUUCGUCAAGGAAGUAACUUACCGAUCAACAAACACGAAAGAACCAGGGGAAGCUGUGGCUCCCUCAACAAAUCUAAACACGGCAUUCCGGCUUAUCAAGGAGGUUCAGAAAAAGUUCAAAACCCGCGAAGCUGAAGAACGCGAAAAAGAAGAUCUGGUCAAGCAGGACACGUUGGUUCUGUCGCAGAACAAAGGUAACCCCAAACUCAAGGAUCUGUACAUUCGGCCGAAUAUUGUGAGCAAACGUAUGACCGGCUCACUGGAAGCGCACAUCAACGGUUUCCGCUACACUUCCGUUCGUGGAGAUAAGGUGGACAUCAUGUACAACAACAUCAAGAGCGCUUUCUUCCAGCCAUGUGACGGAGAGAUGAUCAUUUUGUUACAUUUCCAUCUGAGGCAUGCCAUUCUUUUCGGUAAGAAGAAGCACAUGGAUGUCCAGUUCUACACGGAAGUUGGUGAAAUUACUACCGAUCUGGGUAAACACCAGCACAUGCAUGACCGCGACGAUUUGGCAGCGGAACAGGCGGAACGAGAGCUGCGUCACAAGCUGAAGACGGCGUUUAAAAGCUUUUGCGAAAAAGUGGAAGCCAUGUCGAAGCAGCAAAUCGAAUUCGACACGCCCUUCCGCGAUCUCGGAUUUCCCGGCGCUCCAUUCCGUAGCACAGUACUGCUGCAGCCGACGUCCGGUUCGCUGGUUAACUUGACCGAAUGGCCACCAUUUGUCAUCCCGCUAGAGGACGUUGAACUGGUUCACUUCGAACGUGUCCAAUUCCACCUACGGAACUUCGAUAUGGUGUUUGUGUUUAAAAACUACAAUCAAAAGAUCGCGAUGGUCAACGCCAUUCCGAUGAACAUGCUGGAUCAUGUCAAGGAAUGGUUAAACUCCUGCGAUAUCCGCUACUCGGAAGGUAUCCAAUCCCUGAACUGGACCAAAAUUAUGAAAACCAUCACCGACGAUCCGGAGGGUUUCUUCGACAACGGUGGCUGGACGUUCUUGGAUCCGGAAUCGGAUGGCGAAGCCCAAGGGGAUGAUGAAACAGAAGACGAGGAGGACGAAGCUUACGAACCCACGGACGAUGACACCGCUGAAGAGUCGGACGACUCCGAAGACUACUCGGAAGCGUCCGAGGAUGACGAUAGCGCUAGCGAUGAGGAUCUAGGUUCGGAGGAGGAAUCCGGCAAAGAUUGGUCCGAUUUGGAACGGGAAGCCGCCGAAGAAGAUCGAAAUCGCGAGAGGGAUGGCUACGAAGAUGAUCGUAAGCAUUCAUCGUCCAAGAAAAGCUCCCAUAACAGAAGAGACCGUGGCGUUGCAUCGUCAUCUAAAAAGCGUCCGGAUGGCCAAAGCUCGUCAAAGCACAGCAGCAGCAAGGACAAGCACCACCACAAGGAUAAACAUGGGGACAAACACCGGAGCAGCAGCAGUAGCAAAGACAAGCAUCGCAGCAGCAGCAGCGGCCACAAAAGUAGCAGCGGCGACCGGCACAAGAGCAGCAGCAGCAGUAGCCAUAAACGGUCUCGUGAUGAUAGCCGAGAUAAUCAUCACAAGAGCAAAAAAUCCAAACAUUGAUAGGCUACCCAAAAACAGCAGCAGCAGACAUGUUAUUGUGUUGUGUAAAUGCUCAGUUAGUGUCAUCCUUGAAUUUGUUUAACAUUUUCGUAAACCAUCAUUGUUUGAGCUUCAUCGGAUCGUGUGCUCCUACUUUUUUAAAGGAAUUCACCGUCACGCACCCUUGCCUGUAAUCGAAUACCUAGCGUCAGAAAAAAAUUACAAACAAACAUAACAUCAAUUGUUUUAGUUUUUUCAUAUUAAUAGACUUAUGUGUGUUUAUACACCCUUAAAAAUUAGUAGCUGAUAUGGAUGAAUUAAAAUUCCAAACAUUUACGUUCAUUUUCAAUAAAAUUUGGCGUAAAGUAAGUAAGCGCGUAAAAUAACCUCUAAGGUUGCAGAGAACAAAACAAAAACUGGACUCUUGUUGGCGCACAAACCUUCAUCGGAUGUAGGCUCCCAACAACAGGUUUUAUUCCAUCUUGACAUUUCAAGGAUUUUUGCUCUCAGGAGCGGAAAAAGUUCUAUCACUCGAAACGAACACAAAAUAAAAAUCAAUAGUAUUACAGAAUCUUAAA